CUGGAAUCCAGCCACACUCUCAGGCCUGCCAAUCUCUCCUGUGAUCUUGAAGUGCCAUGGCAAGACGGUCCUUCGCUAUACAAUUACAUCAAUGCUGUGACUCACCACGGCCUGACUGGAAGAAUAGAGUUCACAGAAGGACGAAGGAGCAACUUCAAGAUGGAUCUCCUUAAGCUGAAGCGAGAGGAACUGCGAAAGGUCGGGGAAUGGAGUCCUUCUUCCGGCCUCAACAUCACCGACAGCACUGCAUUCUAUGAGACCACCACUCCCAACAUCACGCUAAUUGUGAUGACAAGGGAAGAUAUCAGACAGAGGGCGAAGCGGGAAGCUAUGGCGAUUAAUGUAAUACCGGCUGAGCAGGUACUCAACGGACUCUAA